CUCCGCGCCGCGGGCGCGGCUUGCCCUGGAGCAGCGCGGGGGUGGGGUGCGGUGUGGAGGCAGCAGGAAGGAAGGAGAGAGCAGGGAGAGAAAAGACGAAGCGGCCUGAAGUGCAGAUUUCUUUUGCCCUUCUGUUCUUGGCUAUCAGAGGUUUGCAGUCUUUAAAAAACAACAACAACACCAAAAAACAGUUUGAACUAAAGAACCUCUAAGAAGUGUCUCAGAGAAACUGGUGUUUUCUAUUGGCUGGCUGACAAUAAAUUUAAGAGUUCUGUUGCUAAUGAUAAUGCAAUUAUCCUGACUUUUUCUACAUGACCGUCAGGGGGAACAUUCGGAAUGAAGCUGCCAUCAUGUCAUCCACAGGCAGUGGCACUGAUAUCGAAGAAUUCUUGGUCAACAUUAACUUGGGGCAGUAUCUUCUGAACUUUAAAGAACAUGGCUACAAUGUUGUUGCAGACUGCGUGGGAAUAAAUAACAGUGCACUUCAGCAAAUGGGAGUAUUGCCUACAGGCCAUCGCAGAAGGAUACUUAAGCAGUUAGACACUGCUCUUUCAAAAAUGCAAGGAAAUACUCUUCCCUGUGACAGUUUAAAACUCAAAGAGUUGAAAGGUUUAGAAAAAAACCAAUAUUCAUUUUCAGAUGAGGAUUCCCCAAUAAGCCCUUUAAAUGUAGGUGAGUCUGGCUUGAUACCUGCUACAUCAUUGGCACAACGUCCUAACAAAGCUUACACUGGUAAAGAAAGGCUCAGACUUGGAGAGCAAAACCUAUUGGAAGCAAAUGAUGAAAGCUUUACAAACUCAGAUUUUUCUAGUUUAUACCAAAAUUCAGACAGCAUACUAAAAGCUGUAAGUGGAAGUAUGAAGAUGAAAACCGAGUCAGAUACAUUGCUGGAAAAAGCUGCUGCAUACCAAACUGAUGAGCACUUGGCUGACUGUGUUGCAUUUUGUGAUCCUCUUCCACUUGCUCAUUCAUAUGAAACAAAAUACAAGGAAAACAAACAUCAGAUGUUUGCAGUUGAGGAGGAUCUAUCUGAUAGUGAGCCACAUUCACCGUUUGUUAAGUUUAAAGGAGAAAUGAUAGACAAUGACUUGUAUGAUUCUUGUACACAGAAUUGUGUGAAAGUAUUUCCAAGAACAAGCCGCUCUUUUAUAUUAAGGCAUCGACCAGUACCGGAAAUCCCCGAGUCAAGCAAAACUGAAACUUCAUCAAGUUCUCUUCAGAAAAGAAGAAAUGCGGAUCUUAUACAUGUACCUUGUGCUGGGAGGCAAGUUUCACAAAAAAAAACUUUCUCAGGAGAAAAGCCACCUGUCAUAUCACCUUAUGGAGAAACCUUUUUUUGGGACAACCCUAAAGAUGCUAAAGAAGUUCAUAGGAAUGAAUUCCUGGCUUGUGAAAACAAAUCAGAUUUGGAAAUGUCUGAAGAAUAUUCUUCUAACAAGGAUACAUGUUCCCUUAAAAAUCAAGAUGACAAGACAAAGGAAUGUGUGGAGAAUGAUUCCUUGUCUCAAGAAAACAAAUCAUUACCACCAGAAGAUUUUGAAUGUGAACCUGUAUAUUCUAUUGUGAAUCAAUGUUCUUUUUCUUCAAAGAAAAAUAAAAAUAAAACUAAAAACCACUCAUCAUCCUGUACUAAGAACCAAACUGGAGAAUCAAAUUGGCUGGUCAGUGAACAAAUGAAUUCUGAACAAUUUGAUGGAUCUCAAACUUCAAUUGCAAAUGAAUCAAUAGCACCGUAUGCUUGCUUUUAUGGAUCAUCAGUAAAGAAGGUUAAAGCAGGAUGGCUGGAUAAAUUAUCGCCUCAAGGCAAACGUAUGUUUCAGAAGCGCUGGGUUAAAUUUGAUGGAGACAGCAUUUCUUAUUACAAUAAUGAGAAGGAAGUGUUCUCAAAGGGAAUAAUACUACUCUCUGCUAUAUCAACAGUUAGAGUUCAUGGAGAGAAUAAAUUUGAAGUUGUUACAUCCCAUAGGACUUUUGUCUUCCGAGUGGAUAAAGAAGAAGAAAGGAAUGACUGGGUUAAUAAAAUACUCAACGCCGUGAAAUCUCAAUCUGAUAAUAACCCUCACUCUCGAAUUUGUGUUGCUCCUGAGAAAAGUGGAUAUCUUGAACUGAAAGGAUACAAAGCCAAAAUCUUUAUUCUACUUCAAGGGAGUACUGUGUGGAUCUGCAAAAAUGAGCAGGACUUUAAGACAGGAUUUGGUAUCACCUUAAUCCCUAUGAAUGUGGCAAAUGUGAAACAAGUGGAUCGGGCUGCAAAACAAUCUUUUGAAAUUAUUACUCCUUAUAAAAGCUUCAGCUUUACAGCAGAAUCGGAAAGAGAGAAACAAGACUGGAUUGAAGCACUGCAGCAAUCGAUAGCAGAAACUCUGUCUGAUUAUGAAGUAGCUGAGAAGAUUUGGUUCAAUGAAUCCAACAGAAGCUGUGCUGACUGUAAAGCUCCCAAUCCUGAUUGGGCAUCCAUCAAUCUCUGUGUUGUCAUUUGUAAGAAGUGUGCAGGACAGCACCGAUCUUUAGGACCAAGAGAUUCAAAGGUCAGGAGUUUAAAAAUGGAUGCCAGCAUUUGGAGCAAUGAACUAAUUGAGCUCUUUAUCGUCAUUGGGAAUAAGAGAGCGAACAGUUUUUGGGCAGGAAAUCUUCCUCCAGAAGAAGAGUUGCACAUGGAUGCCCCUGCAGAGAAAAGGAUUGUAUUCAUUACACAAAAAUACAAAGAGGGAAAAUUCAGGAAAGCACCUUUUCCCUACAAAACCAAAGAACAAUUGAAUAAGGCCCUGUGUGCUGCUGUAGUUAAGCAAGAUGUGCUAGAAACUCUGAUGCUGCUUUUCAGUGGGGCUGAUGUCAUGUGUGCUACUGGUGAUCCUGUUUACAGUACUCCAUACUUAUUAGCCAAGAAAGCUGGACAAAGACUGCAAAUGGAAUUUCUCUACCAUAAUAAGUUCUCAGAUUUCCCAAGCUAUGAUGCCAGUUUUGAAAGCGGCUUCUCUGAAGAUUCUUCGCAUUCCACUUUUCUGUGUGAAUUUCUGUACAAAGUUUCUUCUAAUUCAACCAAGCUUCUUACAGAGAAGAAAUUAAAAGAAGAUUGCAACAAAAGAUGGUGCACUUUGGAAAGUGGCUUUCUCAGCUACUAUGAAAAUGAUAAAGCUACCACUCCUAAUGGUAUGCUUGACAUCAGCGAAGUUAUCUGUCUUGUAGUACACAAUUCAGAGUACUUUUUAAACAGAAGGGACAUCUUUACCUUUGAAAUCUAUUUAAUGUCAGAACGUGUUUUUCUGUUUGGAGCUGAAACUGCUUAUUCACAAAGAAAAUGGACUUGGGCAAUAGCUAAGCAUUUUGUUCCCUCUGUAGCUGAAUGCUUAUUAGAGAGGGACUGUGACCUGAUUGGCCAGCUGUACUACAAAGAUUGCCAUAACCUGGAUCAAUGGAGAAAAGGCUGGUUUGCUAUAGAAAAGUCAAGCCUUCAUUUUUGUCUUGAAAUGGAGAACGCUCAAGAAGAUUCCAUAUAUCUAAGGAGGCUACAAGAACUAACAAUCAGUAGUGUGAUGCAAAAUGGAGAAAAAAUAGAUGUCCUCCUGCUGGUUGAAAAAGGAAGAACACUGUACAUUCAUGGCCAUACAAAGUUGGAUUUCAUAGUCUGGUAUACUGCAAUUGAAAAAGCAGCGGGUACAGAUGGUAAUGCAUUGCAAGAUCAGCAGCUCAGCAAAAAUGAUGUUCCUAUUAUUGUGAACAGCUGUAUAGCAUUUGUUACACAGUAUGGUUUAGGUAGCAAGCACAUAUACCUCAAGAAUGGCAACUCGUCCAAUGUGGCAGAACUUAUGGAAAGUUUCAAAAAAGAUGCAAGGAGUGUUAAACUGAGAGCUGGAAAACAUCGACUUGAAGAUGUGACUGAUGUAUUGAAAAACUUUCUUUCUCAAAUAGAUGAUGCAAUUCUCACUAAGGAACUAUAUCCAUUCUGGAUUUCUGCAUUAGAUAUGCAAAAUGAAAAGGAACGUGUGAUGAAGUAUGGAGCUUUUAUUCGUACACUUCCACCAGUCAAUAAAGCAACUUUGGCUGCUUUAAUUGAACAUCUUUACAGGGUGCAAAAAUGUUCUGAAAUCAAUCAUAUGAACCCUCACAAUCUAGCCCUGGUGUUUUCUUCUUGCUUAUUUCAAACUAAAGGCCAGACUAGUGAAGAAGUCAAUGUAAUUGAAGAUCUUAUUAAAAAUUACGUGCAACUUUUUGAUGUAAAUGAAGACCAGGUCAAACAAAUGGAUAUAGAGAACAGUUUUAUUACCAGAUGGAAAGACACUCAGGUUUCCCAAGCUGGAGACCUACUGAUUGAAGUUUAUGUUGAAAAAAAGGAGCCAGACUGUAGCAUUAUAAUUAGGGUAUCACCUUUGACAGAAGCAGAAGAAUUAACUAAUGAUAUUUUAGGAAUAAAAAAUAUUACUCCCAACAAAGAUGACAUCUGGGCCACUUUUGAAGUACUUGAAAAUGGAGAACUAGAACGUCCACUGCAUUACACAGAGAAUGUUCUAGAACAGGUUCUUCACUGGAGUUCACUACCUGAGCCUGGCACUGCAUAUCUGAUAAUAAAGAGAUUUUUAACUGCAAACAUGAUGAAACUCUACAAUGAGAGAAAUGUGAAAGGUAGUGUGAAAGCUGGCUAUCUAAAGUACAAAGAAGAACCUUCAAAACUACUGUCUGGAAACAAGUUUCAGGAGCGUUAUUUUGUAUUACGAGAAGGAAAUUUACUUCUUUUCAAGGAUAUGAAGGCUAGCAAACCUGAAAAAGUAUUGCCUGUCAAUUCACUGAAGCUUUAUCUUGGAGUGAAAAAGAAGAUGAAGCCACCAACAAACUGGGGAAUUGUAGUGAUUUCUGAAAAGCAUCAGUGGCAUAUAUGUUGUGAUGGACAGGAAGCGCAGAUAGACUGGAUGAUCAGCAUUUUUACUGCAAAGCAUGCCAAUAUAUGGCCGCCUGCUGGAAAAGCAAGAAAACAGUCUAUAACUAAAAGUCCAAAGAUUGGAGGUUUACAACUAAUUCCCAUUCAACAGGAGAAGAACACUUGUAAAAUCAGAGGGAGUACAGAAGAUAUACAACUGAGAGUGGGGAAACUAAAACUUGAUGAGCAUAAUGAAAUUGACUUAGUGGAAGAAAGAAAAAACUUGAAAGAAAAAGCAUCCAUUGUGGCACAGUGUUUGGAGCGCAAGGAGGAGAAAGUGCGAAAUCAUGCCAAAACACAUCGGAGUUUUAUCUGUGCUGAGGACAUGAGUGUGGGAGCAGCUGACCAGUGCCAAAGAUCACAUAAACCACCGAAAAAAAACAAGAACAAAACAAACAAAACUACAUUGGAAUUAGAUAACAAACUGCCAUCAAAUGUGAUUCAGGAGCUAAAUACAGUGCUACAGAAAAACAGAACGCUUCAUGAUGCAUCAUGAUCCAGCUGAUGUCCUAAGUUUGAAGUUUAAAAUAUGUAUUUUCUGGGCAAAAUUAUGUGGCUUUUUUGGAGUGUAUACUUUGUACAGUGCAGAGAAAAUCUGUUUAUAUGUUACUGCUGAUUCUGUGAGUAUGCCAUGGUAUAAUUUAAGAUGGAUCUGAGAUAACUGAUUUUGCAAAAAUUCUGAAAUUUGGAAGUUUUGCUAUGUGAUAGAGUGGCACCUGGGUUUUGUUUGCUAUCUUCUUGUUAUUGUUCUUGCAGAUUUUGAUAGAUGCAAGAAAUUUAAGCACUAUCAAAAGCUCUUGCUCUGUUUAUACUCUGUACCAUCCUGUAACUACUGGAGAGAGAUUUUUGGGAUGAAGAAAAGAUGUUUGUUAAAAUUCAUGCUGUUAACCUACCAUAUUUUAUGUGUUUAACACUAUAAAAAUGAUUAACAUCUGCUUAAAAGUGUGAUUUUUUUUUUGUAUCUUUUUUUUCUUUCUUUCUUUUUUUUUCUUUUUAAUUUAAGAAUGCAGUAAGUAUCUUAUUCUAUAAAUUUGUCGUCGGCGACAUAAAAUUAAUUGAAAUGGAGAGGGGUACAAUAGAUAAGAAAAUGCAUUAGUUCCAUGACUUUGCAUCUCUAAACUGUGUCUAUCUGGUGUACAUCUGACUAUGAUAUUUUUGAAAAUGAUUUAUUUUCUUACUGCAUUUCAUCCCAUAUAGAAUCAAUUUAUCCUUUCUUCUCUUUCUGGUAGUUAGGUGCCAUAACAUUUCUCACAUCAGUUACUUCUAUUCUUGAUUGCAUUGAGGAACUUCAUUGGAAAAAUAACUUGUUUGAAGAAAUUAGACAACUUAUUCAAUGUAUCUGGUAAAUCUGUUAGUGAAUGCAGCAGAAGUGAGAUUAAAAUCAAAUGUUUUACACUGCUGUUUAUUUAUUCUUCUGGCACAUAGCACUGAGAAAGCAAGUUUUGUCAUUCUGACUUUGCACUUACCACAUCUAACCAGUUGUUAAAUCUGAAACGAGUUUGUACAUUUUAAUUUUCCCAGUGCACUAUUGACUGUUUUGCUACUUUUAAUUUGUAAUUGAGCCUCUUCUAAUCACUGAGGCUCUGGCUCAAGAAAAUAUAUAAGCCAGAACUUAGAUUGUAUUGACUAAAGCCUGUGCCUAAUGUUAAUAAGCACAUUCCUAAAUGCCAGUCUGAAUCAGGGUGUGCUGCUGCUGGGGGGAAGUUACUUUGCUUUCUGUCUGAAGCAGGACCCAAAUGUUCGGUUUACAGUUGUAUUUUUAUUUGCAAAUAUUUUUCAGUAUUGAGUUAUGGUUUCUAUAUUGUUUAUCUUUUUAUUGGGUCCUUACAAAUGACAUUCACCUCACUGCUGAAAGCCUCAUGCAUCAUUUAAGCCCUACACUAAUGGAAUAAAUGGAGCAAUAGAAGGAUUUUGUGCACUGGAGUGAAGAAGUCUGUAAAGAAAAUGUUUUGUUUAUUUUUAUUGGAUCUGAGGACUACAGAAACAUUUGUUCUACUUCAAAAGCAGACCUCAGAUAAAGUAUCUGUAGGGCUCCUGUUCAAGGGCCCUAAAAAUCAAGAAGAAAAGAUGUUUACUAAAAUAUAUUUAACUGUUUACUUUCAAUUACAGCUAUACUAUCUUUAAAGUUGUUGAAUGCUCAGUAGAAAUGCUGUUUCAGUAGCUACUAUAAGUAUCUCAUUUUGUAUGUGUAUAUGUACAUACAUUCCCACUGUAUAUGUAUAUUUUUGCAUAGAGUUAGGUGCAUAUCUGUAGAGGCAUACUGAAUGUUGACAGAGCUAACCUAAGGAAUGUUUCUUUGGGAAAGCAGAUAUUAAAUUUGCAGUGGAUUAUUUCAAAUAGCAAACAAAGUUUUGCACAAGUACCUGACAUAUCAUUCUUGCACUACGCAUUUCAGACUGAUUUAAGACCUGCAAGAAUAAAUGUUUUGUUGCAAUACCUUGAUAGCUGCUGAUGCUUUAUUGUUCUUCUGACAUGUUGUGGAAUGAUAGUGUAAUUUUCAGAGAAUAACUGUUAAUUAUUUGAAUAAAUACUGUUUCUUUAAAAUAAAUGAUGGAUUUAUUUAAAAAUAAAAAUAAAAUAAAAAUAAAAAUAAAAAUUCUGUAACCA